AUGAUGUACGGAUCGGAGAUUUGGGCAGCACCAUCAACGGUUAUGGAGAGGCUUGACUUCACGGAACGAAAGCUGCUUGGACGGCUACUUGGCUACUUUUGGCCUAAGGAGACCGGCAGAUCGCCUUGUUCAACGAGUUUUGAGAAGUUCGUCGGGUUCGAGCCUGAAGAAGCACCUGGCCGAAAACGGAAGUUCUGGACUGAGGCGGUGAAAGAGGACCUGAGGACACUCGGCGUGGAUAGGCAGUUCAGGCGAGACGUAAGGUUUCGCAGAGUAUGGAAUAGCGACGAAUGGAUUGAUUCUGUGCAAGCUCUCGCAGAAGAUCGAGAAGGUUGGGCAGAGUUGUGUUCAAGGACGGCACACCUCGGCGAAGAUGCGGGUAAUCGCGUCAGAGAUUUUGAUCCCGAAGAAAAACCGGGUCACGGUCAUAGGUCGUCGCUUGAUAAUGAAGAUCUGGAGAGAGCCGUGGAAGAAAAUCCGGAUACUACACGGACGUUAGCAGAAGACCUGGGUGUACAUCAUACUACAGUAGUUAGACAUGUGGCGGAAAUUAGCAAGGUGAAGAAGAUGUCAAAGUGGGUGCCUCACGAGCCGACCGAAGAGCAGCGUUUGGGUCUUACGGCACGGGUUCUAACCUUUUGA